AUGGCGAUCAUCCGUCAGACAUGGACGCUGAUGCGCAAGAACCUGCGCACCCUCAUCCUCCGCCACUACCUCGUCGUCAGCUUCAUGGCCUUUCUCGUGCCCCUCGUCCUCUCCGUCUUCUUCAGCUUCGCGCGCAACCUCUUCGUCCCGCCCGCCACCUUUGGCAUCGGCGACGUCCGGCCCCUCAUUCCCAUCAAGGACGCCCUGCAGCACGCCGUCGACGCCGGCCGCACCAAGCUCCUCCUCGUCAACAGCGGGCUGGCCGGCGGUAGCAUCGACAAGGUCCUCGACGACGUCGCCAGCACCGUGCGGAAUGCGAGCGCCGGCAUCACCAUCCUCCGCCUCACCAACGAGAGGGACAUUGUCGCCGAGUGUCCCAGCACGCUCCGUGGCGUGACGAGCUGCUUCAACGCCGUCGUCUUCCGCGCAUCCCCCGACGAGGGCACCGGUGGCAUUUGGAACUACACCAUUCGCACAGACGCCGCCUUCUACAACGAGCCCGUCAAGAUUCAAGUCGAUAGAGGUGAUAAUGUUGAGCAGGUAUACUUGAUUCCUACCCAGCACAUGGUCGACAAGGCCAUCGCCAAGGUUUCCGACCCCAACCAGCAGGAUCCUCUUGCGAAUAUCCAAGAAAAGGCCUUUACAAGCCUCACCAGCGAGCAGCGCGUUGCCCAGACGCGCCGAUUCUACCACAAUUCCAUCAUCAACUUCAUGGGUGUCGCCUUCAUCGCCACCAUCCUCUGGAUCUCCUAUCACUUGACGGGCUUCAUAGCCACCGAGAGAGAAGCCGGCAUGUCCCAGCUCAUCGACGCCAUGAUGCCUGUCCGAAACCCCUGGAUGGCCAUAUUUGCAAGACUCGCCGCCCACCAUUGGUCCUUUUCUCUCAUCUACGCCCCCGCCUGGAUCAUUGGCUCCAUCGUCAUUCGCUACGGCGUCUACAGCCACACGAGUGUCGCCAUCGUGCUCGUUCUUCACAUUCUUGCUGGCCUCGCUCUUGCCUCCAUGUCCAUCAUGAUCGCCUGCUUCUUCAAAAAAGCCCAGCUCAGUGGCAUCACCUCAACAUUGUCCAUGCUGCUUCUUGGCAUUCUCGCCCAGGCGCUUACCAGACCCCCCACCGGAACGGUUACUUUCCUCUCUGUUCUCUUCGCGCCCUGCGCCUACGUCUAUGCGAUUAUUAACAUGUCUUGGUUCGAAAAGUAUGGCAAACCGGCCAGCCUCACGUCCAGCUCACCUGAAGCUUCCUUCCAGUUGCCAGGCAUCUUUUUCUGGACCAUGCUCAUAGCCCAGAUCUUCGUCUAUGCACUCAUUGGAGCCGCUUUUGAGUACAUGUUCCACGGAACUUCAAGCAAAGGCCGGAAUGUGACCAACAACGCUACCUCGAUGCAAGACGAUGCUGUGCAGCUGCGUGAUUUUAGCAAAAUUUAUCAGCCGGGUAUCUUUUCUCGCAUCUUUGCCUUUACCUCGAAAGCUAAAAAUGCCUCCCAGCCCGUUGUUGCCGUGGACAAGUUUAGUCUCAACGCCCGCCGCGGCCAGAUCGUCUGUCUGCUAGGAGCCAACGGUAGCGGUAAGAGCACCACUUUGGAUGCCAUUGCCGGUCUUCACAGGCUUACAAGCGGUUCCAUUUCCAUUGAUGGAACUGGUGGACUGGGAAUCGCGCCACAAAAGAACGUACUGUGGGACAACGUCAGUGUUACGGAACAUAUUUACACUUUUAACCGACUGAAAGCGCCCAAGAAUCAUGCUAGCAAGGAGGAAAUCAACGAGUUGAUUAAAGCAAUCGACCUCUGGCCCAAGCGCAAGGCUCUCGCCAAAACACUAUCUGGUGGCCAAAAGCGAAAGCUUCAGCUGGGCAUGAUGUUGACCGGCGGCAGUGCAGUCUGUUGCGUUGACGAGGUUAGCAGUGGCAUCGACCCGUUAUCUCGCCGAAAAUUAUGGGAUAUUCUUCUCGCUGAGCGCGGGAAGCGCACCAUGAUCCUGACCACCCACUUCCUCGACGAAGCUGACCUGCUUGCUGAUCAUAUCGCCAUCCUGUCCAAGGGAACUCUGCGAGCGCAGGGCUCCUCUGUCGAGCUCAAGGAUAGGUUUGGUGGCGGAUAUCGUGUCAAUGUCCACAAGACUGCCACGCUGAAAUCGCUACCCAGUGUGGAGGGCGUCAAGAAGAAGGAUGCGUUUGACCAGGUCACAUAUGUCGCCCCUUCAUCUGCGCUUGCCGCCUCCGUCAUCAAGAAACUAGAAAGCGAUCAAAUCCCUGGCUACCGUUUCUCCGGUCCUACAAUUGAGGACGUCUUCAUGCAAUUGGCAGAAGAGAUCAAGGAUGAGGAGGCUUUCCCAACUGGCCAGACGUCCACAGAAAAGACUCGCGACCCAGACGAUACGUCGCAAAACGAGCAGCCAUCGCAAGCCUUGCAGCUCAUUGACGGAAAACCAGUCGGCUAUCUGCGACAGGCCGCUAUCCUGUUUUGCAAGCGCAUUACCAUCUUGAAGCGCAACUGGCAGAUGUAUGCGAUUGCCUUCGUCAUCCCCAUCCUCGCUGCCGGUCUUACGAGCCUCUUUGUUGCCAACUCGACACUGCCAGGCUGUGCAUCUGGUGAUCAGGCAUCAAAUUACGGCACUGAAGACGCAUUCAGCCAGAUCCUGAACAUGAGGGACGGCACGGGUCGGCUUACCUUCCUUGCCGGACCACCAUCCAAGGUGUCGACAGAUAAUCUGUUGAGACUGUUUAAGCCCAUCUUGGCAGGGUCUACGAAUGGUGCGUCUGCCGGGGCUGGCCUUCUUAGCAGCCUUAAGCUCGUCGACACCUUUGACGACUAUACCAACUACAUCACAAGAAAUCCCGCAAAUGUGACUAUGGGCUUCUGGUUGGGCGACGACAACAGUAACGCAACAUUCGCCUGGGCUGCAAACCUGUUCAUCACCAGCUCCAUUCUCUCGCAACAAAUCCUCGAUGUUCUGCAGACAAACACCUCCAUCUCGACAGACUGGUCAGGCUUCGACACCCCGUUUCGCCCUGGUAUCGGCAACGCCCUCAACCUGGUCAUUUACAUGGGCAUUGCCCUUGCCAUCUACCCCGCGUUCUUCGCUCUCUACCCGAGCAGUGAGCGCCGACGCUUCGUCCGAGCCCUGCAGUACUCCAACGGUGUGCGUCCGCUGCCCCUCUGGCUUGCCUACCUCACGUUUGACUUUCUCUUGGUUCUCGUCAGCUCUGCCGUCGUCACCGCCGUGUGGGCCUCGCUUUCGAAUGUAUGGUACAACAUCAGCUACAUCUUCGUCGUCUUGUUCCUGUACGGCCUGUGCUCCAUCAUCUUCUCCUACAUCGUCUCGCUCUUCACCAAGUCGCAGCUGGGGGCAUUUGCAUGGUCUGCCGUCCUGCAAGCCAUUUUCAUGCUGGGAUAUCUCAUCACCUAUGUCUGCGUCCUGACAUACGUGGAUGUGGCUAAUAUUGACAAGACGCUGCGCGCGACGUACUUCAUCAUCGCUAUAUUUUCCCCCAUCACCUCGGCUAUGCGAGCGCUCUUCAUUGCCGCUAACCUCUUCUCCAUUGCGUGCGACGGCAACGUCCUCUCCCCGAACCCGCAGAGCCUGCUCUACUAUGGCGGCCCCAUCCUCUACCUGGCCGUGCAGUCCGCAAUCAUGUUCCUCAUGCUGCUGUGGCUGGAUGGCGGUUCGCCCUUUUCGUGGCUGCAUCGCAUCUUCACCCGUGGCCGAGCGCCCCAGGAUCCCGAAGCCGUGGACCAGGACGUCCUUGACGAGCAGGAGCGCGUCAACGGCGCUGGCGCGAGCGACGACGGCCUGCGCGUCUCGCACCUGACCAAGUCUUUCAAAAAGAAUACUGCCGUUGACAACGUUAGCUUCGGCAUCCGGCGCGGCGAGGUCUUUGCGCUGCUCGGCCCCAACGGCGCGGGCAAGUCGACCACCAUCUCCGUCAUCCGCGGCGACCUUAAGCCCAGCCCGCGCCACGGCGGUGACGUCUUCAUCGAGAACGUCUCCGUCACCAAGAACCUGGCGCUCGCGCGCACGCACCUCGGCGUGUGCCCGCAGGCCGACGCGCUCGACCAGAUGACGGUGCGCGAGCACCUCGAGUUUUACGCGCGCGUGCGCGGCGUCGCCGACUCGCGACACAAUGUCGCCGCCGUGCUCGCCGCCGUUGGACUCGAGCACUUCGCCGGACGCAUGGCGCACACGCUGUCCGGCGGCAACAAGCGCAAGCUCGGCCUCGGCAUCGCCCUUAUGGGCAAUCCGGCCGUCUUGCUGCUCGACGAGCCCUCGUCCGGCCUCGACGCCGCCGCUAAGCGCGUCAUGUGGCGAACCCUUGCCGGCGCCGGCGCCGGCCGCUCCAUCCUCCUCACCACGCACUCCAUGGAGGAGGCCGACGCCCUCGCCGGCCGCGCCGCCAUCCUGGCCCGUCGACUCCUUGCCCUCGGCACCCCUGAUGAGCUCCGCCACCGCUUCGGCGACCUCGUCCACGUCCACCUCGUCGCAGCCUCGGCGCCCCGCACCCCCGACGACGAGAUGGCUGCCAUUGUCGCCUGGGUCCGCGAGCGCCUGCCGUCCGCCGACAUCGACCACAACACGUACCACGGCCAGCUGCGCUUCACGGUCCGCGCGCGCGACCUCAAUGUCGGGAGCGGAAAUUCUGCGGAUCCCCGCCCCCAUCAGGAGGAGCAGGACGUGUCCGAGUCGUCGGAGCAGCAUCAGAUUCAGAGCGAAAAAGACGGCGGCGCUCCCGCGGCGGCGCCGAACGCGAGCGAGUCGGCCGUCGGCAGCCUCGUCGUGCUGCUCGAGGAGAACAGCAAGCAGCUUGGCAUUAGCAGCUACAGCGUGGCGCCGACGGGCUUAGACCAGGUGUUCCUCUCCAUUGUCAGUCAGCACAACGUGAAGGAGGAGAAUACGUAA